AUGGACGAGCAUACACUCUUCAGCCUAUUGAUAUCCGACUUUUAUUUUGUCCUUGAUCUCAUUCAGAUCCUGCUAGUCGCAUUCGCACUUCGAGGCUCCCAAGGUUUCCUUCAACAAGCCAGUGAAUGCCUACAGGUGCUCAAGUCUAUGAGCUCAUCAGGUUACUGUCAGCGAAUGUUCCCUGAAACAUUGAACGAGCUCCGGGAAUGGGGUGUUUUGAGUGGGCCCAUAGACAACUCCAGCGCCUUGCAGCAUCAAGACGUCUCAAGCUUUGAGAUGGAGCCCGAUAACGGACUUUAUGAAGCCACUUUUAACCUUGGCGACCUUACAGAGGGCGACAUUGCCUCUGCUGACUUCGGAUGCAUGGUUGGCGAGAACGACGAUUUACUCAUACAGCAGAUGCUCGAAUUCUGA